CCUUGUGUCUUUUUUUUUUUUUUCGUUUGUACAACCUCAUCUAUCUAUGUCCUUAUUGCCAUUGUCAUCACCUUGAUCUUUGUCUCCAGCAUCCGAAUACAACAACGAGAAAUUACAUGUGAAAGUCCGUGUCGACGAACUCCCGCCAACGUACGAAACCGCCGAGAUGGGUGACCCCGAUUUUGACAUUGAUUUCUACGGCGAUGCCGAUGGCGACGCCAACGACCAGCCUCGUCAGGAUGAACGCCGCCAUAGCGGUGGCCACUCGCGAGAUGACGACGACUAUCACAGUCGGGACCACAGAAGAGACGAUGAACAUGAAGACGACCGCCGCUAUGACAGCGGCCGUAGCGAUGUCGAAGAGUCUUCACAUCACCACGGUGUUAAGAGAAAAUCAGAGGAGCAAGACCCCAACGACCGGCCUGUCGAUAGCGGCGCCACGGCUGCCAUUAUGAUUUCAGAGCUCAGCUGGUGGAUGACAGAUGAUGAUAUCCGAGGUUGGCUUCGAAAGGCCGGCUGCGAGAAAGAGGUCAAGGAGCUCACAUUUAGCGAACACAAAGUCAAUGGAAAGAGCAAAGGCCAAGCCUAUAUCGAGUUCCACACCCGCCAAGCUUCCACCGCCGCCAAGCGUCAAAUCGAUACCGUUGCGAUGGACAGUGUACAACCUGGCCAGAAGAAGAUGACAAUCUCCUACUGGAACCCGGGCGUCAACCCCUUCAGGACCUUGCCCAAGGACGCACCGGCCCGCGUUAAGGAGCAGCCGCGAGCCGCUCCCUCUGGAUCCUACAGCGAGCGAGGCAACUACGGAGGCUUCCGCGGACGAGGAGGCAUGGGUGGAAGCCGCGGCGGCAUGAACCCCAACUACAACCGAAACUACAGCGGAAACAUGGGCUAUAAUAAUAACAACAACAUGGGAGGAGGUGGUGGCUACAACGGCCCGAUGGGCGGCGGUGCUGGUGGAGGCGGCAGCCACUACGUCUUCGGCGGCCGAAGUAGCCCUGGGGGCAACAUGAGAGGCGGCCAGAACAUGAUCAGGGGUAGAGGAGGCGGCGGCGGUGGUAUGAUGGGAGGCAUGAAUAUGGGAGGCAUGGGCAUGGGCAUGCCAGGCAAUAUGGGCAUGGGAAUGAUGGGUAAUGGAAUGCCAGGUACGCAAGACGCAGACACUUCACCUACCCCUAACCCACAGACCCCUCCCCUUCAAACGGUAUCAGCGACAGCCUAGGAAGCUUCGUCAUCAUCCGCUACAUCAUCACCGUCAUCAUCGGCUCCUCCAGAUGUGGACAUGACCAAUCAAGGACCAAAGGAGCAGCCAGUCCAAGAGCGGCAGCAAGAGCAACAUUCUCAAGAGCAACAGCUUCAAGAGCAACAGCUUCAAGAGCAGCAGGAGGCACAAGAAAUAGCCCAAUAUCUAGUGAAGCUUAAAGGAGACAUCCAAGAAGAGGAUAUCGACG